GUUCUAACGAACCAUAGUGACCACAGUAAGCAGAAUGAAGGCCUUCGUAGCGUGCAUAGCCCUGGCUUUGGUGGCGUGUUCCAGCGCCGAAGCUCCCUCCGGUUACAACUAUAACCGUCCGUCAGGAGGCCACGGUGGCGGUGGAAUCGGCGGUCUGAUCGGUGGAGGCGGCAGCCUACGCGCCGUCUCCUCAGGUUACCAGACCUCCGAAGGCCAAAACGUCGACUCUCAACUCCUAGAACAAGUCCGUCAAAUCCUCCUCAGGGAAGAGGCUUCAUCCGGCUCAGGGUUCGGAGGUGGACACGGCGGUGGACACGGAGGCGGUAUCUCAUCUUCAUACGGAGUCCCAUCCACCUCCUACGGAGUGCCCGGCGGCGGCCGCGUCGUCGGCAUCAGCCUUGAAGCCAUCCGUCAAGCCAUCCAGGUCGCCCAGUACGAGCAGACCGGCGGGUACAGCGGCGGCGGCGGCGGAUACCCGUCCGGCCCUUCCACCUCCUACGGAACCCCCUCCAGCAGCUACGGCGCUCCCUACUAAACCCCAAACCAUCCCUUGAGAUGUUCGACUUAUUCGGGUCAGAUCGUUCCAUCUCCGACCGCCCGAAUGCCUAAACCAAUGGAUCGAGGGCCACGUACAAUGUAGGUGACCUCGCUCCGCCUCGGCCUGCCAUCCGGCCAACGCCUGCGACUGUGCACGCACACGGGUUACCCAGCUAUCAGCCAGUCGUUUCAUGACAGCUGUCAAAACUGUCAAAAAAUUCACUGACAGUUCCGACAGCUCUCGGGCGAAAACGAAGUGGCUCAUAGCUGGGAACGACUCUUGUUCUGUAUAAAGUUUAUCGAUAAGUUAGCUUAAUUGUUAUUUUAAGUUUUUGUUUUUUUUUUAUAAAAAAUAAUAAAUACAUUUU